AAAAAAAAGGGUGAAAUAAAAACUAGUGUAGAAAAAUAAAAUUUCUGCCGUGGGGUUUGAUGUGGUUGCUUCUUUCGGAUUUGCCAUCAUUUCUUCUCCCAAUCCUUUGAGUUGAGAAAAAAGAAAUGACUAUCCACCUUCCAACUUCAACUCUUUCCCUUUCGACUCAUCUCUCUAAAAUUGCAGCUCAAUUCACCUUCCCCAAAACGAACCGUCGUCCAAGAUUUUCAAUUGGGUCUCUGAGAUGUGCAGUUUCGGUUGUUUCUGAGCCAAUUCUAUCUGAUAUAACCAACAAUGGCAAACCAUCCCCAGCUGAGGUCUCGAGGACAAUUCUGGAAUUAUCUUCAGUUGGCACUUUAUCCACCCCGACCCAAGAUGGUUGGCCUUUAGGCAUUGGUGUACGUUUCGCUGUUGACCCUAAUGGCACUCCUCUACUCUUUCUCAAUCACUCAACUUCCAAUUUCGCUCUCAAUUCCAAGUCUAGCUUCCUUGUUCAGUUAGAGCAAUAUGGGUUGCGGACUCCACAGUGUACCAUACAGGGGACGCUACAAAAACCACAAGAUACCACAGCUUUGAAGAAGCUUCAUUCAGUUUGGGAAAAAAGAUUUGGGCAUGAAGUAGAUGAGGAUCGCUUAUUUUUGCUUUCUGUCGAACGGGUACUUCAGAUUGAAGAUUUUGCAGAGGAUGGAAUUUGGGUCACUUCAUCAGACUACAAGUCGGCAAACCCAGAUCCUCUUAGAGAUUUUGCAGAAAGAAUGAUUGACGAGAUAAAUACUAACAAUAGGGAAGACAUCUUACGGUUUUGCAACAUCUAUGUAGAUUUGGAUUUCCAGGUUUGCGACGCGAAGAUGCUGUGGGUUGAUAGAUUAGGUUUUGAUGUGCGCUUCAGGUCUCCUGUAAAUGAUGUAUUUGAAGCUCGUAUCCCUUUUCCGAGAGAAGUUACAGAUGAGAAGGGUGCAAAAUCAUCUUUCAAUUGUAUGUCUCAAUUUGCUUGGGAAGUAGAAAAGAAUUUCCAUGCUGCAGAUUUUGAAAAGGUGAAACAAAUGAAAAAGAUGGAGCACAGAGGACUCUGAUCAAAUAUAUCUGUGCCGAUGGUUGUGGAGUUAUGAGUUGUAAUAUGUUGAAAGAGCAUUCUUCAAUGUUAUUUUUCAUUAGGAUGGGUGAGUUAGAAUUGCAGCGGGAAUGUAAAUGUGGUGGAAGAAGGAACAUGCCGGCUAAUCAUGUUGGAAAAAAAGAAUAUAAAAGGCAGUACUAGCUUAAGAAAAUGGGAUUCAGUCUAGGCUGUCUAAGGUGUUACCCUUUUACAAUGUUUGGUUAUGCAGUAACAUUGAAAAUCAAAACAGACAGGCAGGCAGGCUUAUUUCACUUUAGUUUUGUUGAGCAAGAAAAUGGUAAAGUGUUGUUUUGGAAAAAAAGUUUGUGAUGUUCUCUAAUAA